AUGGCCUCCAAAUCCGAAGAUAUCCCAAUGGGUCUACGACAAGACCGGGAUGAUCAGUCAUUCCUUCCUCAACCUGCCUCUGCUCCCAAGGACAGGGGCCACCCACUCCCACUCAUUGUAGCCGUGGUCGUCUUUUACUUUGUCAUCUCGCUCUCAGUGGUGUUCCUCAACAAGAUCAUCAUGAGUGGAUCCGACUUUGAAUAUCCUCUUUUCAUUACCUGGUAUCAACUGGUGGUCGCCUUGGUUCUAUUACUCAUCUGGGGUCAUCUCGGCAAAACCAACAAGCUUUUCAGCAUCAUCCCACCUUAUGAAUUCGAUACCAACAUCGCCAAGCGUGUGGCUCCUCUCACAUUUGUCUAUGUGAUGAUGCUUGCUUUGAACAACCUGUGUCUCAAGUAUGUCGAGGUCACAUUCUAUCAGGUUGCACGAUCUCUUUCAAUCAACUUUACCAUCCUCUUUACCUACCUCAUCCUCGGUAAAACUACAUCUGCUCCUGCAUUGGUCGCUUGUAUCAUUGUUUUCUUUGGAUUUGCUAUUGGAUCUUAUGGCGAAAUCAACUUUUCAUGGGCUGGUAUCUUUUAUGGUGUCGGCUCCUCAGCAUUUGUCGCACUCUAUGGCAUCUACGUCCAAAAGACCUUGUCCGUGGUGGAUAACAACCAAUGGAAAUUACUGCAUUACAACACCACCUUGGCCAUCAUGUUCCUUUUCCCACUUGUUCUUUUCUCUGGUGAACUUGGUGAGAUCAUGUCACAAUCAGAGUCCAUCUAUGAUAUGGGAUUCUGGAUUCUCAUGACCAUCACGGGUAUCACUGGGUUUGGUAUCAAUAUUGCCAUGUUCUUGCAGGUCAAGUACACAUCUGCACUUACCAACACCAUCUGUGGUACCGCAAAGGCUUGCGUGCAAACCAUCUUAGCUGCCAUGAUCUUCAGAAACCCCAUUUCUGAUUUGAAUGCUUUGGGUAUCAUUCUCGCACUCUUUGGCUCUGGUUACUAUGGCUGGGUCCGAUACAAGGAAAGACAAGCAAAAUGA